GCACUGUUCGGCAGUCGUUAGAAAAUCGUUCGUGUAGUCAGUCAUCGAGUUCACCACACGCCCGGCACAUGAUUAUUUUCGGCGCGCGCCAUAUAAUUUACUAGUAUAAUUUAUUAUAAAUCAUUUUUACAAAGUGCAUACGAUCAACAAUUUAUUUUAUACUAACAUUUUAUCUUAGUCGACAAUUUUUUUACAUUUUAUAUUAGUAUAAUUGUACAAAAAAGUAAAAUUUAUUUGAUACUAUUUAACGCGAGAACACGCGCAAUACAUGUGACUGCUUCAGAUUACAUUUGGACGUAAUAUUUGUACAAUUUUUUUCUAUUGCAAUUGCCAAGAAUUACGCUCGUCUCGUUUUCUAAUUGUUGUUGUUGAUGUUGUAUACGAAUUAUUUCGGCCGCCGGAUUAUUGUAAUAUAGUUUAAUCAAGUUAACGUAGAAAUUUAUUUUUCUAAAAGUAUAAUAUAAUAACCGCCGUUUCUCUGACAUUAACGUGGUAUGCCAUCAACUAUGUUCGCCGACAUGGAAUUCUCAAACAAUCAUCACAGUAAGGUGAUCGAAGACACUCGGGCCUUGCAAGUAGCCCUGGAGCUCAGCAUGUUGUACAUGAACGGUGAGCAGCGUCAAAAAUCGGACGUCGUCCCCAUGUCUGGUGGAAAUUCGGCCAUCGCGGAUUCCUCGUCGAUGGUCUCUCCCAAUUACAUUCCAAACGGUUUCCCUGAAGAAUCGAGAAACAAGAAAAGCCAAAACAUGACCGAAUGCGUACCCGUACCCAGUUCCGAGCACGUGGCCGAAAUCGUUGGAAGACAAGGCUGCAAGAUCAAGGCCCUGCGCGCCAAAACAAACACGUACAUUAAAACUCCUGUACGCGGCGAAGAACCAGUAUUUGUGGUGACUGGACGUAAAGAAGACGUAGCCAAAGCAAAGAAAGAAAUACUGUCAGCGGCUGAACAUUUUUCACAAAUAAGAGCUUCUCGCAAGAAUUUGGCUGGUACCCUAUCGCCACCAGGCCCACCUAGUGUUCCUGGACAAGUUACAAUUCAGGUUAGAGUACCUUACAGAGUAGUGGGUCUGGUUGUUGGUCCAAAAGGUGCCACUAUCAAACGUAUCCAACAUCAAACUGGUACAUAUAUUGUAACACCAUCACGUGACAAGGAACCUGUAUUUGAUGUCACUGGCUUCCCUGAUAGUGUUGAAACUGCCAAACGUGAAAUUGAAGCUCAUAUUGCUUUACGGACAGGCAAUGGUUUGAUGGAUGAUGAAAACGGUGUUGCCCUUGCUGCCUUGUGCAAAGCUAAUCCUCUUGCUGGUUUAUUUGAUCUUACAGACUCCAUGGGCCCAGCUAUUUUAUCCGGGAGUUCAGGAUGUAGUUCGGGAUCAGUAAGUUCAUGUGGGUCUGGGAUUUCUGCACUUGGCGAUUUGGGUAAUAUUUGGUCAGAUGAAGGUAUUGGCGGAGAGUCUCCAUCUUUUGAAAAUGUUGGUUUGUGGGGCUUUAUGGGAUCUUCCAGGCCUUCACCAGCCAGUUCAACUUCACCUCCACCAUCAAAAAAGACUUGCUUUGUGUGUCAUAUGAGAGACAUUGAUGCAGCACUAGUACCAUGUGGUCAUAAUUUGUUCUGUUUGGACUGUGCAUCUAAUGCUUGCGACUCAAAUGGUGUUUCUAGUUGUCCGGUAUGUAAAAUGCCGGCCCGCCAGGCUAUUCGCAUAAUCUCCUAAACAUAUUAUAUAUAUAUAGUACCAUAAAUAAAUCCCUUUUAUUUAGUACCUAAAUGAUUCCUAAAAACAAAUCCAAAACAACUAGUAUUAAAGUUAGAUUAUAGAUUAAAUUACAUUAUAUAUUGCUCUAUUUAGUGGAACAAAAAAAGGGAUUCAAUCAAAGGCUGAUUGAUUUAACUGACGAACAUUACAAAACGAGUCAUUUUUAUUUAAUUAUUAUUAUUAAAUUAUUAUUCUUUUUUAAAGAAUUUUUUAUUAUUAUCCAUUUGGUUAUUGUGUAUUUUGUUGAUAAAAUAUGUUAUUUGUUUAAUUUUUUUCUCUAAAAUUGACUGACGAUCUCUAUGAGAAGUCGUUACUUAAAUGUUCUCAAAAGAAAACAUGACAUAAUUUUAAAUAUUGAUUUUGCCAGUGUUAGUGAUUAAUAAUUUAUUAUCAACAAUUUUUUUCUCUUUGAGUUUUUUUUUUUUAAUAGGUGUUAGAUUUAUAAAUGCAAUUACUGUAACAAAUGUUAAGAGUUUGUUUCGGUUUUAUUAACGACUGUGUAAGUUAUAAAUAAUAUUGUAUACUGACAUAUCCCUUGUUAAGUUUUUUUACAAAACAAUUUAAAGAAAUUAGCAGCACCUAAUCUCCAAUACUGUUGGAACUCGGUGCUAAAAUAUAAUUUUUUUUUUUUUAACAGUUUACUUAAAUUUUAACAAACACGUAUGCAAAGGAAAUAUAUAUACAUUUAUAUUAUAUAAAAAAUUCUUAAAAGCUUAAAGUUUUAUUCAUAUAAGCCAUGUUCAUUUUUAUUUAUUAUUUUUCUUACAUUAUAUUAUUAUUUCUUUUUUACUUAUUAAUACAACAUAAAGAUUUCUAUUUAAACAUAUAUAUAUAUUUUAUAAAAUAUUAAUGAAAAAAAAAAAACAAAAAAAAUUAUUUCACUCCGAAGCGGCACAUUUUAAUAGAACAGGUGUGGUGAUCGGG